AUGGGCGCUAAGGAAGUGGAGGAUGCCUCCCUCGCGGCCAUCCUGGGGCCUCUGGGCCGCGAGGCGGCCCUGGCCUCCGAGCGCAUGCGCGAGGUGGAGGAGUGGAUUUGGGCGGCGGAGGCCGAAGGCCUGAGCGCGGAGGAGAUCGCGCCCGCCAGGCAGCGGCUGGCGGCGCUUGCCCGCGACAACCGCAGCAUCAAUUGGAGGAGAGAGGAGGAGAAAGCUGCCGAGGAGAAGGCGUGGCAAGCGGAGCUGCGGGCGGCGGCGGAAAAUCUGCGGCGGGCAGAACAGGAGGCAGAAAAGGAGCUGAGUGGGGCUCAAAGAGGUGGAGGCGCCGAUCUGAAGGCUGCCAUCACGCGAGCGUAUCACGCUGGUGUACAGCCGCCACGCUUAGCGUAUGCUGACUUGAUGACCGUGGGUGAGACCCAAGCUGAGCGGGCGUUGUGGCAGAAGGCCUUGGGCUUGCUCUACGGCUCAGGCUCCGACGCAGAUGUGGUGUGCUGGGAGCUGGGCGUGGUGGCCUGCGCGCGCGCGGAGCGCACGGAUCUGGCGGUGAAGCUGCUGAGGCAGCGCUGGGCGCGCUUCCCCGACUGGGAUAGCAGCGUGGGAGGGUGCGGGGCUGCCAUCAGCGCAUGCAGCCGCAGUGGGCGCUGGCAGUUGGGUCUGCAGCUGCUGGCAGAGGCGCGGACGCGGCGGCAGCCGCUAGGGGAUAGGAGCUGCAACGCCGCCAUCGGCGCGUGCACGCGGAUCGCCGCCUGGAGCCGGGCGCUGGUGCUGCUGGAGGAAGUGCCAUGCGCCAACACGGAGGGCUACAACGCGGCCAUCGGCGUGCUGAGCGAGGGGCAGCAGUGGCACAAGGCCUUGUGCAUCUUGCACCUGAUGCAGCGCCGUGAGAAGGUCCCAGACAUCGUCACCUACAGCUCACUGCUGGCGGCUUGCGCGCGUGGGAUUGCCUGGCAGCACGCCGGUCUCCUACUGGGUGCGAUGCAUGUGCGGCCCAACAUCCUCAGCGCCUGCUCGGUGCUCUCAGCCUAUGCACGCCGGCGAAAAUGGCAAGACGCGCUGAGGCUCUUUGCCGAGCUGCCGGAGGCGCCCAACGCGGUGGCCUACACCGUGGCCUUCCAAAACGCGCCGUACGACUCCGCGAACAGCCUGGCGCGAGAGAUGCAGCGCCAGCUCUGCCGCCAGGAUGUGCUCAGCUUCACCUCGGCCCAGCAGGCCUGCGACUUCCGGGAGCUGCCGGUGGCGGAGCGCCAGUUCCGGCGGGAGGCUGGUCCCCAGACGUGGCAGUUUCGGUGGGAGCGGAGGCUGCCGCUGGCGAAGCCGGACUUGGGGCCCUUUACGCGGGACAUAGCGGAGCUCUGCGGAGCGGCGGGGAAAAAGUGGCGAUGGAUCGAGAAGGUAGACGUGAAGCAGCUUAUCAGCGCGCGCCAGAAGCUCUUGCGGGCCUCCGGGGUGACACCCCCACCUGCCAUAGCUCGGGGAGCGGAGACACGAUCCCUGGCGAAGGACAUGCUCCAGGCAAUGAAGGCCAGGGACGUGGAGAAGCUGCGCGCCACGCUGGACGCGGCGGCGGCCGCGGACUUGCAGCUGCAGGGCCUCGAGGCCAUCCGCCGAAAGCUUGCGACAUGGAAGCCGGACAAGAGGCGUGGGGAGAAUCGGAGAGUUGAGCUGCGGAGGUUCAAAGUGACGCCUUUGGCCCCGCCCUCCUCGUGUUUCCUGCCCCAGGGAGCCCCAGACCCGGCUGCGCAUCAUCCUGCCGGACGGCAGGACUGA